AUGAAGCUUCCACGAGCCUUGCAAAUAAUCUUAUUCCUCACAACAGCUGUCGCAGCCUUCACAGAAGCUAACGUCCUUAAUUGCAAAGGAAAUACGGCUGCAGUGGUUGAUGCCAUCAACGCAGCGAAAGACGUUGUCGAGCUGGUAGUUGACACUCACGCCGGCAUUGUCCCUGACAAAGGAUAUCACAUCUCCAGCGCCUAUCGCGAAGAGCUUCAUGAGUUCUUCUUCGGUGCACUUAGCCAGCAAGAUCGAGACUACGUCAAAGGUGUCUUCAUCAAGAUGAACGACUCUUUAGACACGAUGACUUGGACCUGUGCACAAGAUCUGGACGACUGCAAUCGAUGGGGCGCAGGAGCAUAUGUCUCUGGAGGGCUUCCAAAUAUCACAAUUUGUCCAGUGCACUUCUCUGACAGCUUCCACGACCAGACGAGAAGGAUGAUCCAUGAGGCGACCCAUGUUGAUGGGAUCAGCUAUCCGCACAGUAGGUUUUCCUGGACCGGCCUGUUCGACGUCUUCCGAAGCAGCGAGCACGGUGUCUAUCGUCUCCCGCGAGCUGCCCAGCUGGCGAAGUGUGCACCAAAGGCGGCCAUGUUCAACGCCGAUAACUAUGCGCUAUACGCCAUGCAGCUAUCAUAUGCUCACCGAACGGGUCGGGAAGUGCUGCCUGAGGUGGUGAGCACGGAGUCGAUCAGCUCGUGGGCAGCCUGGAUUGAUGCACGGCCUGACAUCCGUUUCUGCACCCUCGUGGCAGUCAGCUGGCCCUUCAUUUUCGUCACACUGCUCUGGCUCCGUUUCAUUCUGACGGAAAUCCUGGGGCUUCUGUAA